UCUGCUCUGGGUGCGAGUGAAGGGACUGGAGUUCGUGCUCAUCCACCAGCGCUGGGUGUUCGUGUGCCUCUUCCUGCUGCCGCUCUCGCUCAUCUUCGACAUCUACUACUACGUGCGCGCCUGGGUGGUGUUCAAGCUGAGCAGCGCCCCGCGCCUGCACGAGCAGCGCGUGCGGGACAUCCAGAAGCAGGUACGAGAAUGGAAGGAACAGGGCAGCAAGACCUUCAUGUGCACGGGGCGUCCUGGCUGGCUCACGGUCUCACUGCGGGUUGGGAAAUACAAGAAGACGCAUAAGAACAUCAUGAUCAACUUGAUGGACAUUUUGGAGGUGGACACCAAGAAGCAGAUUGUUCGAGUGGAGCCCUUGGUGUCUAUGGGUCAGGUGACAGCUUUGCUGAACUCCAUUGGCUGGACCCUGCCUGUGUUGCCUGAGCUGGAUGACCUCACAGUGGGGGGCCUGAUCAUGGGCACAGGCAUCGAGUCGUCAUCCCACAAGUACGGUCUCUUCCAACACAUCUGCACCGCCUAUGAGCUGAUCUUGGCAGAUGGCAGCUUUGUGCGCUGCACGCCGUCUGAAAACUCAGACCUUUUCUAUGCUGUACCCUGGUCCUGUGGGACCCUGGGUUUCCUGGUGGCUGCCGAGAUCCGUAUCAUCCCUGCCAAGAAGUACGUCAAGCUGCGAUUUGAGCCAGUUCGGGGCCUGGAGGCUAUCUGUGAAAAGUUCACCCAUGAGUCCCAGCGAUUGGAGAACCACUUUGUGGAAGGGUUGCUGUACUCCCUAGAUGAGGCUGUCAUCAUGACAGGGGUCAUGACGGAUGACGUAGAACCCAGCAAGCUGAAUAGCAUUGGCAGCUACUACAAGCCAUGGUUCUUCAAGCAUGUGGAGAACUACCUGAAGACAAACCGUGAGGGCCUUGAGUACAUUCCCCUGAGGCACUACUACCACCGCCACACGCGUAGCAUCUUCUGGGAGCUCCAGGAUAUCAUCCCUUUUGGCAACAACCCCAUCUUCCGCUACCUCUUUGGCUGGAUGGUGCCCCCCAAGAUCUCACUCCUGAAGCUGACUCAGGGCGAGACUCUCCGCAAGCUGUACGAGCAGCACCAUGUGGUGCAGGACAUGCUAGUGCCCAUGAAAUGCCUGCCCCAGGCCCUGCACACUUUCCAAAAUGACAUCCACGUCUACCCCAUCUGGCUGUGCCCAUUCAUCCUGCCCAGCCAACCAGGACUGGUGCACCCCAAGGGAGAUGAGGCUGAGCUCUAUGUGGACAUCGGGGCGUAUGGAGAGCCACGUGUGAAGCACUUCGAGGCCAGGUCCUGCAUGAGGCAGCUGGAGAAGUUCGUGCGGAGUGUGCACGGGUUCCAGAUGUUAUAUGCUGAUUGCUAUAUGAACCGCGAGGAGUUCUGGGAGAUGUUUGAUGGCUCCUUGUACCACAAGCUGCGCAAGCAGCUCGGCUGCCAGGACGCCUUCCCUGAGGUGUAUGACAAGAUCUGCAAGGCAGCGAGGCACUGAGCGGGGCACCUGGGGAGCCAGAUGCAUGGGAAUGGACUUGCUCUCCCUCGCUCCAGCUUCUCUGCUUUCCCAGAUUUCAGAAAGAAACCCCUCCAGAAAUUCCCGAGGCAGCCUGAUGGCCUCCAGGGCAGCUCAGGCAAGUGGAAGCACAUGGGAUUUGGAGUCGGACAGUCCUAAGUCCCAGUCCCAGAUUAGUCACUCAUUAGCCGUGCAACUCUGACUCUGGGCUAGUCACUUGGCCCCUCUGUGCCCGUGUUCAUCUGUGGAAGGAGGUAAUACCUACCUGUGGGAUGUCAUCUCCAUAAAAGGCCGGUUGUGUGGGAGGAGCUCCCCGAGUGGAAGCCACUACCACUGCUUCCCAUUCAACCUCACACCUGACUCAUGCUUUGGAUUCAGCACUGAGUCCAGGAAGACACCUCACAUGUCACCUGUGCACAGGUUUGGCUGGCAUGAUGAAGGCGGUGCCUUGAAGUUGCACCUGCAUUGCCUGCAUCAGCCACAAGAGCCCUUCAUGGGGGCAAAGGAGGUUCCUCCUUCCCCUGGACCUCUGCGGGGACCACAUGACGGGCAGGCAGGCCCAGGAUGUGCUGUGCCAAAGCCAGGUCCAGUCCAAAGUUCUCUCUGCCAUCUUUGGGCCAUCCUGCCCCUUCUUCCUGUGUGCUUAGGCCCGAGGGCUACCCCAGCCAUCACUGAGCCCACUCAGGUCUGGAAAAGACAUCUCAAGAUGGGAAGCCUGGCCUUCCUGGGCUUUUCUUUCUUGACUCCCACCAUCUGAACCUCCGCUAGAAUCCCCUGAGUCACAACAGGGGCACAUGCUCAUGACUGUGUCACAUAGGGGUGGUUCCCACGCUGAGUGAGAAAGGGGUAUUCCGCCCUGUGCUACUGUGAGGACCCUCCCUGGGGUUGGAAGGAAAGCAUCCAGGGUCACUCAUUCCCCCCAUUUUGUUCCCCCGCCCCCCAGCUCUAGUUAAUUUCAGUGCCUUACAAAUCCUAAGCUCAGAGAAAGUUAGCUCCAUUUCCGUUCCAGAGGGAGGGGCCUCCAAGGUCCUUCUGCCUUGUUAGUGAAGCGUGGUUGGUUGUACAGCCCCACCUUCAGAACUGCCUGGCCCAGCUGAAAACCCAGAGUCCGAGGGGGAAUCAAGUCCUGGAGGAGAAGCCAGAAUUCAAGAGCUGAGCUGGUCACAGUCCCCACUAAGCUGCAGUUUUCUCAUGUCACAUUGAAAUGUAAGAGCUCCUGAAGCCUUUCUGUGUUAGACAGUAGAAAGCCUAGUGUUAGAAGUUGGGGGAACAUAAACGAUCCAGGUGACAGUUAGGGACUGUCCAUCAUCUAAAGUCCUUCCUCCCACCACCAAGCCAGCUCCCAUGUCAUUUUCAUCUGUCUGGCAGGUGCUGGAACCCUUAGAGUCAUACUUUUAAUUGAAGGAUGCUCACCGAUGCCGCUGAGGGCUUGACAUGCUGCACAGUAACACUGUGAUACAGUGAAGGCUGUUGCACUUGUAGCAUUUGGAAGGCAGAGAAACCACCUCACCCAUUUGGCCUCUGAAGGAAGUAGUCUCCACUUUGCUGCCUAUACAGCAUGAAUCCUUGACAUGGGCUAUCCUGGUGGUCCGUGUGCAUCCUUGUCCUCGCCGACUGAUGACUCUGCUUGCUGCAGAUGAAUGGUCAAUGCGAGCUAGGUUAGUUAGUGUGAUAACUGACACACCAUCAUUCCACCAGUCAAGCCUCCAUCCCAAAGCCACUGGGACUGUGGCAGUGACGCCAGAGUGUGUCACUCUAAAUAACCAAAAUCCAGCCCUCCACAGAAACUCCCCAGGACCUGGGAAGGGAAGGGAUUUUGAAUCACAUUAGCCUCAGGUUAGUGUUUGGCUCCAAUGUCUUGCCUGAAAAGUGGCCGUCUUCCACGCAUGGUGAGCUGGGUCCCCACAUUUCCACAUAGCUAGUCCUGUCAUCAGCCAGCCAUGCAGUGGCUUGUUGCUGCAGGACAGUGCAUGUGGAAAGUCAAAGCAAGCCUCUCCCCUCCAUGGCUCUGGUUUCUUGGCUGCAUGAAAGUUUUCUGGAAAAUCAAGAGUUGUAGCCACUGUCUGGCUAGAAAGCUGAAUUGGCUGUUACUGGAAGGGAGGAGAGGGGGAUGGGGAUGGGUGUGGCAGUGUGUUGUGUGUGUGUUUUAUUUUUUUUUAAUUUGGUCAUGGGGACUAAGGAGAAGGCAUGAAUCCCCCUUAUCAGGCUCUCGCAGCCUCAGGCACUGUGCCUACUCUCCAGAACACAUGUCCCUGUGGCUGUAGGGCCACCACUUCUGUAAAAAUAAAGUAUGGCCUGGAAGCUAGUCUUUGUCAUUUUUUGCUCAGAAGACCACAGUAUGGAGUCAGACCAGGACUCAGCAGCAGGUAGUGCCACUCAGCUCUGAUGUCCUGUCUGCACGCAAACACCUACAGACAUGAGCUAAGAGAACACAUGCAGGCAGGGGACGCAGCUAACAAAUGUAUCACUGUCGUUCCAAUGAAGAAGUCGUGGCAAGAGUCCUAGACAGAGGAUGCCAGGUUGGGUGGGCACUGUCCUCAGGUACCAGACAUGUCAGCAGGAGGUCUGGCUGCUGUCCUGGCUUUGUCAUUUGGUUGUGACCAACUAAUUUUGACAAGCUAAUUGCUCCUAUAUAGACUUCUCAUCUAAAAACAGGAGGAAACCACUCCCUGUCCAGCAAAGCGGAAUGCUACCCUCCCCAGCCUUCCUUGCAGCCAGCUGUAUCCUCAAGAACAGAAGUCCAUCAGGUCUGGCUAUUCCCCCACAGUAGCUGGAUGCAAAUGCCAAAAGGGCAGGGGUCAGGAAGGCCUCAGCUGGAAAGAGGAGGGUCUCUGCAUCACUGGGGAACUGCCCACCAGCUCCAGACUGUCACUGAAGCAAGUGAUGAACUUUUGUUACCAUUGAGCCCCGGUGGAUGUGUGACAAUUGUUUGCACAGUUUGGCUCACCCCAACUGCCUCCAGGGCUGUGAAGCUUAAAUGUCCAGAGUCAGGAGAGUCAAGUUUUAACUCAAUAAAGUUUUGCACCAAUGUA